AUGGCUCUACUAACGGAGCUCCCGUUACAAAACUUUCCUACUUUGACCUUUUUCAUGUAAAAAAGUCCCCAAAUCAUUCGAAAAGUAAAGGCGCUUCCCUCUCCCCCAUCUGAACUCCAACAAUACAUUCGAAAAAAAGCCUUCGAAUCCACCACAACAGUAGCAGUAUAAGUUCAUCCUCGGGAAUACGAGCUCCAUCUCAUAAUUGAUCAAGUCGUUAGUUCUUUCUGUCUAUCCAUUUACUGAAUUUUGCUAAAGCUAGGGUUUUUUUCUUCCGUGGGCUCAGUUGUCAUGUUAGUUAGUAUAAAUCUGUAAAUUGAUGGUGAUUUUGCUUUCAGACUUGGGUCCUGAUUAAGGUUGAGGAAAGAUUUGGUAGUUUUAGGUGGAAUCUUAUUGGGAAUUUUGGGAAUUUUAAGUUAUUGUAGUGGUUAAGAAGUAGAGGUCGGGGAAACUAGGGUUUGCUCGGAAGAAGAAGUUUGUAUGAAAUCUUGAGGUAAAAGAUGUUUUAUUCUCAGUUUAUAUUAGCGAAAAAAGGCCCCUUGGGUACAAUAUGGAUUGCUGCUCAUUUGGAGCGAAAGCUUCGCAAAAAUCAGGUUUCAGAUACCGAUAUCGGCGUCUCUGUAGAUUCGAUCCUUUUUCCUGAAAUGCCGAUUGCUCUCCGGUUGUCAAGCCAUCUUCUACUCGGUGUUGUUAGGAUAUAUUCAAAGAAGGUGAGUUACCUUUUCGAUGAUUGUAGCGAGGCGUUGCUAAAAGUAAAAAAUGCUUUUCGAGCCAAUGCUGUGGACUUGCCACCUGAAGAAUCCACCGCUCCAUAUCAUGCCAUAACCCUACCGGAGACCUUUGAUCUGGAUGAUUUUGAGCUUCCCGACAAUGAAAAUCUUCAGGGUUUUGUUGAUCAUCAUGUUGGUGCAAAGGAACAGAUCACACUUCAAGAUACUAUGGAGGGUGUUGUUUACACUACUUCUGAAUUUGGACGAGAUGAGAGAUUUGGUGAUGGUGAAGCAUCUCACUUGGACCUUAAUGAGGAACUUGUAGUGGAGAAGGCUGCAACAACUGCUGUUGAUACUGAUACUGAUACAUUGAAUUCAAACAGUGUUGAUCUUGAUCCUCAGGCAUCUUCCCAGGCAAAAACACCUGCAGAACCUGCUGCUGAUACUGAUACUGAUACAUUGAAUUUAAAUAGUGUUGAUCCUCAAGAAUCUUUUCAGGCAAAAACACCUGCAGCAACUGUUGGUGAUACUAAUACUGAUACUGAUACAUUGAAUUCAAACAGUGUUGAUCCUCAGGCAUCUUUCCAAGAAAAAACACCUGCAGAAACUGCUGCUGAUACUGAUAUUGAUACUGAUACAUUGAAUUCAAAUGUUGAUCUUGAUCCUCAGGCAUCUUUUCAGGCAAAAACACCUGCAGAAACUGCGGGUGUUACUGAUACUGAUACUGCUACAUUGAACUCAAAUGUUGAUCCUCAGGCAUCUUUUCAGGCAAACACACCUGCAGAAACUGCUGUUGAUACUGAUACUGUUACAGCUACAUUGAACUCAAAUGUUGAUCUUGAUCCUCAGGCAAAAACACCAGUUAAGGAUGAUGAAGAUCAUGAUGCCAUGUCUGAUGAUGAUGGUUUAGAUCAGAUGGAGGAUUCUGAUGGGUAUGAUGAUGGUGAUGCUGAUUAUGUCCCAGAUGACUAUGAGGGCCCCUCUACUCCUGGAUUAUGGGAAGAACCAAAUUUGCCCAAUAUUCAAGAAACUCCAACAUGUGAUGAUGAAUCUCUAAAAGAGAAACUAGAAAACACUUCCCAAAAGGUGACUGAUUACGUGCCACAUCAGCAAGAAAAGUCAACACCAGUGGACCAUAUGUCAAUCGAUGAUUUUGGUCAUCAAUCCAUUUCUAUGACUCAAGGUCUUGAAGGAGUUAAAGAAACAUAUUACGAAAAUGCCAUUGAAAAAGAACAUGGAAACGAUAUCAACACCCGUGACAAUUGGUUUAAAGUUCAAGGAAAUAUUGAAAAUGCAUACCACCCUACUACUUCUCAUUUGGUAUCAAAUUCAGAAACCCUAAAUGAACAUGAGAAUAAUCCUACAAAUGUUUCUUCAUUUCACUCACUUGAAACAACAUCAAGAGAAAAAGAAAAUCCCUCCAACUUUUUUGGAGGAUCUGGUUUGAUGCAAGGGGAAGCUUCACAUGCAACAAAUACAUUUGAUUUAAACUUGCAAGAGAUUCACUUCACUCAAUCACAUGAUGAAGAUCAAGUGGGAUGCAACUUAUACAAUGAACAACAAUAUAAUGUAAAUCAAGGAGAUAACAUUAACAACAACACGAAUAUUUACACUUCUCAUUUCUCUUCAUCUGAGAGAUUACUUGGUGUGCAAGAAAGGUUUGAAGAUGUACCUCAACAAGACAAAACAAAUGUCUACACAUCUCAUUUCCAAGCUUCUGAGAGAUUACCUGUUGUACAAGAAAGGUUUCAAGAUGUAAAUCAAGGAAUUAACAUCAACAUCAACACAAUCAACACAAAUAUUUACACUUCUCCUUUACUUCCUGUACAAGAAAGGUUUUCAGAUCAUGUAACCACUCAAAGAGACAACACAAACAGUUACACUUCUCAUUUCCCUGAUACAGACAGAUUACUUGGAGUACAAGAAAAGUUUCCACAAGGAGAUAACGUUAAUGUUAACAUUAACACGAGUGGUUACACUUCUACUUUCCCUACUGCUGCUGAUACUUUGCUUGGUGUGCAAGAAAGGUUUCCACAAGCAGAUAACACGAAUACUUACAUUUCUUCUCAAAUCUCAGCUCCAGAUAGAUUACUUGGUGUACAAGAAAGAUUUCAAGAUGCAACUCAAGGAAACAAAUCAAACAAUACAAAUCUCUACACUUCUUCUUCUUCUUCUUCUCAUUUCGCUCCUGCUGAGAGAUUGCUUGCUGUGCAAGAAAGGUUUUCAGAUGCUGUGCUUCGACAAAAUACUACACCAGUUCAAGAAAAUUUAUCCAGGGGCGAUGGUGGUCAUUUUGCAAGUGGAAAAAAAAGGAGUUUCAAUGAUAGCUCAAUGAUGUCACAAAGCAUCAAUUUUGGUGAUCCUUCUGGUUUAUUGACUACUACCAAAAUUACUCCUCAAUCUGUUCCAAAUAAUGAUGAUAUUUUGUCAUCCAUUUUAGUUGGAAGAUCUUCAGUUAUGCAAGUGAAUCCCACACCUCCUCCACAAAAAAGGCGGCGUCAAACUGCACCCAAACCGCCUAAGAGUAGUGUUCCGCCUAAACGAAAGGUUCCCAUGGAUGAUAGCACUGUGUUGCAUGGCGAUAUGAUACGCCAGCAAUUGACUGAUACAAGUGACAUAAGGAGACCUAGAAAGAAGGUUUCUUGUACUUGGGUUGAACUUUCAAUGAUUCACAAACAACUUUGGGAAGAUGCCAUUUUUCAUGAAGCUUUAUUUACUGGCAUGUCAAUCAAGUUAGCUUCUUUGCACAGUCGAUCAUAUGAUUUAAGGAAAAUUAGGGUUACCCGUGUAGAAUCUUCUUCAGAUGCACCACCACCACCCUUGCAACCCGUUUCCCAAAUUGAUGAAAAUGUCGAAAAUGCCCCUGAAGAAAAUCUCAAUCUCCAUGAGGGUAACAAAGAUGCUUUCGUUGAAAAUAAUACCACAAAUGAAGAACAAAUGAAUGCAACCAUUGAAGUAAGAGAACCCAUUACUUCAGAAACUGCAACAAUUGAGACAGAUGCUGCUCUCCAAAGUGUUCAAUCAGAUGAAAAGAGUGAAAAGACGGAUUUGCCCUCUUCGGUUGGAAAGGAUGCUUCUAUAGAUAUAAAUAGUAAAUACAUUGACAAUAAAACGGAUGAGAUUAAGAUUGAUAUUGCUUCACCUGAAAAGACAUCAGAAGCAAAAGAUGAGGUGGAGGUUGAGGUUGAGGUGGUGGUGGGACCCGAGGUGAUUGCCAUUGAUCAAGAAAUGGAGGAAAUUGGGAAAAAUGAGAAUGAGGAAGAAACCCCAAAACCAGAAGUGGAGUGUAAUGAAAAUAACUCGGUUCCCGAGGGUACUUUUGGUAAACAACUUGAAGAAGCAGAUACUGAAAAUGUAACUGAAGUUGAAUCUUGUUCAAAACAAGCUUUAUUGGAUAACAAUGAUAAACAAGUUUCAGAUCAUGAAGAAGAUGCUUCUCAAGAAGAAACAAAUAUUGAAGAAGAUAGUAAUCCCAAGAAUACGGUUGAUGAUGAUGAGGUGGAAUAUUCUCCAGUUCAGAAUAAUACAGAUUUUCUGAAUUUUGAUGAUGAAGAUGAGAAUGAUGCUGAAGAACCUGAUGAAGAUUUGAGUGACACUGAAGAAAAACGUUUAAUUGAUAACAGUGGAUGGUCUUCACGUACCAAGGCUGUUGGAAAAUAUCUCCAAAAUAUGUUUAAUAAGGAAGAAGAGAAUGGAAGAAAGGCUCUUCGUAUGAACAGCCUUUUAAAUGGGAAAACUCGCAAGGAGGCAUCAAGAAUGUUUUUUGAAACACUGGUUCUUAAAACAAAGGAUUAUAUCCACGUGGAACAAAGUGAUGCCUUUGAGAACAUUGAGAUAUUGCCACGAUCGAAGCUUCUAAAAUCAGACUUUUGAUCUGAUGAAAGAAAAAGUUAUGUUGUGUAGUUUGUUUUAGUAUUUUAAGCAUUUUAUAUGGAGAGGAUCAUAUAUUUAUUUGUAAUUAAUCUGUAAAAUAAUACCUUCUGUAUUAUUGUUAGAUGCUAACAUGUCUUGUCAGUUGUUUAUUAAUAAUCUUGUUUUAGAUGUUGUGUGA